AUAUAAAUAAGAAAAUACACAAGCUAUUUUUAUAAGGAACUAGUUUCCCAGUUUCCCAAGUCUCAUGAGUAUUAGUAAACGAACGUCAGUAAAUUAGAUUUUUGGCACACUUCUUAAGUUUAUUGUACACACAAAUAUAAUAAGCACUAAAAUAGAAGCACCCCCCUUCCUGUAUAUACAUGGAUUGUUGGUGGUCUUAUGUGGAUCCAGGCUUUUAAUGGCCUUUUUCAUGCAUCUCUGCUGACACUAUGGGAAUUUAUUAUUAAUCACUUUCUGUGGUCUGGAUGGUGCAUUCAUGUUUGUCCCUUUUCUCUCUUCUCUUCCUCACUCCUUCUCUCUCUAAAAAUGAAAUUCUUAAUUGACAGGUCAAGUUUUGCCUCAGUUUUUUGGGGAGAAGCUUGGUGCAUGCCUUUCUGUUUUUACCUUCCACAUGCUCGUGGGCCAUCUGUGUUUAAAGAAGAAAAGGCGUGCUUAGACUCAGGGCUACCCUGUGGGUAUUGCACAGUAUAUUUACAACUAGACAUGAUUUGCAAUACUCUUGCCUGCGACUGGAAAAUCUCAUACCUGGUUAUUUUCUGUUCACACGCAUAUACUGAACUUUUUCAUUUUCAUUUUGCUGUCUUCAAAAGGCGUAUGUUUCUAGGGUUUGAUCAAAUUUAGACUGGGUAGGGUAGACAUUUACCAUUUAGUGCCUAGUUCUUACCAAAUAAUGGACGUUGAUGAGCAUUGGUCAGUGCAGAAAGCAAAACUUACGUGGCUCUCCUUCCUCAGGUCUAUGCUCCUUCAGCAAGCACUGCCGACUACAAUAGGGACUCGCCAGGCUAUCCUUCUUCCAAACCAGCGGCCAGCACUUUCCCCAGCUCCUUCUUCAUGCAAGAUGGCCAUCACAGCAGUGACCCUUGGAGCUCCUCCAGUGGGAUGAAUCAGCCUGGCUACGGAGGAAUGUUGGGCAAUUCCUCUCAUAUUCCACAGUCUAGCAGUUACUGUAGUCUGCAUCCACAUGAACGUUUGGUAAGGCAGGCCUUUAUGGGAAAGGUGACGGUACAGGUAGCAGUUUAUGAGCUCUCAUCAAAGAGUCAUCCUAUGAGUGUACACAGGACUCUGCAAAUAAAUGCCAACAUAGUACUCACCCUUUAUUCUUCCAGUGGGAUUGUUUCUGUGAUCAAAGGCACAACAGAGUCAGAUCACCUUUGUACAUCUUCCAGAUCUUUUUUAUUAUUGUUCUUCUGUUUAUUGUGUUUUGUUCUCCGCUUUCUUGAUCAUGAUGUCAGCUUCCUGUACUACAUAAACAGGCCCUGUAUUUAGAUUGCAGGAUUUCAGUUAUGGUACUUUUUCCUUUUUUGCUACCUGAACUUUUGAAGGAUAUACUGCAGAGGACAGAAUGAUCAUCAGCUUUGAAGGAGGUUAGGGAAUUUCCGUGGUGGUAUUGACCUGUGGUGACCCACUCAAAGGAAAGAGUUUCUAUUUCCUACACAUUCCUGUUAGUAAUAAGAACCAUGGGGUUUCCACAUGGAUCAGAUUCCACUUUUCCAUAUUUAUCUUUAAUUCCACAUACCCAAUCCAUCAGUCAUACUCCGUUUUGCCCUCCUCCAGGUAAAAACUGCUGGGCUGUGAAAUGUUAAGUCUUCGAUUAGUAAAAAGUUUCCACUCUGUCCUUUACCUGUAUUCAUUCAUCCUAGAAUAUUUCUCUAUCCUGGAGGAAGAAUCUCAUCUGAAUCUUUUUUUAUUUACUCCAAAACUAACCCAGUCCAAAAUUCACUUGUGAAUUUAAGUCUAUCAUUAACUAGAGAAAAUAGUCUAGAUCAUGAGUUGGAUUUGGGGUGCAGGUCAGAUGAACCCAUUUUGCAAUAACACAACAUAAAAAUGUAUGAACCUCGAAUCCUACAAAUGCAGAGGAUUUUGCUUGAUUCUUAUAGAUGUGUGGCAGAUCCAAUUUUCUGUAGCAGUAACUGUAGGCUUCAUCUUGUA